UGCUUUGAUAGAGCCUGCCCCCCUGCUCAUGUCAGACCUUCAACAGGGCAAUGGGAAGGGGACAUGUAUGUAGGCACGUAGCCAGCACAUACAUAUUAAAUAUGGUUGUCUUCAGCUGAGCUACUAAAUAUUAAGCCGCCUCGGUGAGAAAUGGGUGUGUGAUGGGUGGUCCUGCGCGUUCUUACAGGGUAGCGUAGGCACAUCAUGCAUGACACGAGUGGAUUCCUGUUAGCUUAGCCCUAUGUGGUGGUGGGGUAGGCAGGCAGAACUGGAUCGCACAGGAAUAGCUUGGAGCUUGGAGACUGCUGCUGUGUUCUCUUCCCGCAGUCAACGAAAGAUCCCUUGUGGGAAGCUGUGAUACAAUAGCCGAAUGUAACUUACGGGAGAGGAUUAACAGAGGACAUAAUGGACUGUAUGCAGCAAAAGCGCUUGGUUUGGCCACGUUUGCUAUAAACCCAAGAGUGCCUCCCCGCCGGAUGGUUCUUUCUCGCCGACAGAUCCGCCGCCGCGCCACUCGCAGCGCGAAUAAGUUGCUUUCAUCGUUCUGAUCUGUGGACAUAUAUGUGCGUUUUUAGGGAGACCACGUUGUGCUCAAAUGUUUAACUAGAAGGAAUCCAUGAGAUUAAUUGCAUUUUCUUGCACGUGUUCCGGGAAGUCAAAAGAGCCUUAUCCUCCUGUCAUCUGGUCGUAGAUGGCGUUCUUGCAGAGGGCGGGAGACUACUGCCACGCGCAACAUCCAUGAGUCUGAGACAGUGGGUUUUGUGACCAGCCUGGUACCCCGGCCUGCAUCCAGCCUCCAACUUUCGCAGAUCUCAGCACUGAAAAACAGCUGAGCCCCCUGAAGGAACCUCAGGACAAGGUCUUGGGUGGACAGCCUCUGUGCCUCAGUUCUUUGCCCCCCCCCCCUUGGAUGGGGUCACUGGCCUUGUUGACUUAGAGACUCAGCGAGACAGUAGCCUUUUCCACGAUAGGAGAAGAGACUCAGGAAAAAAAGCUCUGAAAAAUAAACUGUGAUAAAGUUUGUAUAUUUUUUUUACUAGCGGAAGAGGGACAUAACAACAACAAAAGGGACACCCAAAGGUGUGGUUGUGGACAUUUUUUUUAAUCGAUCAACCAAGGACAACAGCAGAAGUCAAAACAGUGUUCUACUAAAAAAAAGACUUUCUCAGUCAAUACAUAGCAUUUGUUAUUGAUCUAUCGGACUGCAACUGAAGCAAAGCAUGGCUCGCAUGAACCGCCCAGCUCCUGUGGAGGUGUGCUACAAGAACAUGCGAUUCCUCAUCACGCACAAUCCCACCAACUCUACACUCAACAGCUUCAUAGAGGACCUUAAGAAGUAUGGGGCCACCACGGUAGUGAGAGUGUGUGAGGUGACCUAUGACAAGGCCCCGCUGGAAAAAGAUGGCAUCACAGUGGUGGACUGGCCGUUUGACGAUGGCGCGCCCCCUCCGUCUAAGGUGGUUGAGGACUGGCUCAGCCUGCUCCGCUCGCGCUUCCUGGAGGACCCCGGAUGCUGCGUGGCCGUGCACUGUGUGGCAGGACUGGGGAGGGCUCCAGUCCUAGUGGCCUUGGCACUGAUCGAGAGUGGGAUGAAGUAUGAAGAUGCCAUCCAGUUCAUCCGACAGAAGCGGCGGGGAGCCAUCAACAGUAAGCAGCUGACGUAUCUAGAGAAGUACCGGCCCAAACAGAGACUGCGCUAUAAGCACCCGCACAUCUUCAAGAACAAGUGCUGCAUCAUGUGACUCCCUCGGACGGACAGAGCCGAUAUACACCAGAACAGGGAGAUGGGGAGAGAGAGGGGGAGAGAGAGGACGACAACCCGCGUCACUGUCACAGCCAAAACCGCUGCCGCCAACAACAAAAUUCAACAACAGCCACCCACCAUUGACCACCUUUCCCUCCCUCCUCCCUCCUCCCUCUGCCAGGCCAAGACAAGA